AUGUCUGAGGAGUAUGAAUGGAACUGUCAGUUAACAAAUACGACUGAACAUCAAUUUGACAAUAAUGCCAGCAAAUUAGAAAGGCGAGUUUGGACGUUCAUCAAAGAUAAUGUAGACCGAAGUCACGUGGUAAGCAAUUACAUAUACUUUUUACAAAAUUUGUGGACAAAGAGUAUACCUUCCCAUUAAUACCAGAAUCGAUCCAUGUAUAUACAUCCUUACGCAUAUAUAUCUAAACCUCAAUUUUAUCGCUCUAAGAUAUUUUCGGCAAACGGUCUGGUAAAUUAUUUGAUAAUUCCAGUAGAUCUAUGUAGCCCCUUUUCAAAGUUGGACAUGAGGAGGUUUUGAACAAGCGGGCGUAUUUUCUUUCACAGACUUUACAAGUUCACAUAAAAUUGUCGUGUUUUGACUAUAUUAAAGCUCUGAAUUAUAUAUGCGCGUUGCUUGCAUGACCCAAAUGACACCCGUGUAGCAUACACCUUAAGGCGUAUUACCCAUGCAUAUGUUCUAAAUUUGAGAAUAUUCGGUAUUACCCGUGCCAGAUUAUCGCCUGCCGUGCAGAGCAGACAAAUAACAAUAGGGACAUUUUGACGUUUGACAUUCAACUGUAAAAGGGAGUUAGUGUACCCAAAUGUUGGUUGAAAUACGAAUCCACUAUUUUAAAGAAAAAAAUCUAUCCCGUAUUUAAACUUUGUCAGUCUCUAAAAUAGAUACAAGUAUGUUUGCACGGUGAUCGUGCAAUGAAUUAUUUUGCAGGCAUCGUGCAGAGGAGAAGUGAAUGAAUGCCGCAAUGGUGGAACAAUGAUCUGGGAUCCUGAGAAACCUUUCAACUGUCUAUGUAAGAAGGGAUACGAAGGAGAGAUCUGUGAAAAAGGUAAUCAUAAUAUUAAUUAA